AAAUCAAAAUAGUCAGACUCUAAAUUUUAUUUCAAAUGUCUCUUCGAAUUACACGAGAAGAAUGCAUUUACACAAAUUCUUACUGGCAAGAGAAUGUCUGGCAUUUAUGCAACUACUUCAGAGGGAAUCAUCCAGCACUACUUCAUGAAUGUUAUGCUGUAUUCAUUUCAAAUGAAAAUCAAACUGUCCCACUGUGGAGCCAAAAAAACAGUAGCAAUCAUCAAGGACUAGUUGUCUGGGAUUAUCAUGUCAUAUUCAUCCAUUAUGUAAAUACAAAAUGUGACGUUUAUGAUCUUGAUACAACAUUAGCAUUUCCUUGUUCAUUUGAUGAAUACAGGACUAGCGCCUUGGGAUCUGAUGAGACUCUGCAAACCCAGUUUCGCAGAUCUUUUAGAGUCAUACCAGCUGACCAGUACCUUGCUUCAUUUGCAUCAGACAGGACCCAUAUGAUCAAGGAUGGGGAGUGGUUGAAACCACCCCCAGUUUAUCCUCCUAUUUAUAAUACCACAUCCCGAAAUAAUUUAUACGCGUUUAUUAAUAUGACGAAUACUAGUGAUCAAGAAGUUCCUGGUCAAAUCUUGAACCAUCAGAAUUUUAUUUUGCGAUUUUCAUAAUUGGAAAUAUAUGUUGGUGUUGGCCCAA